AUGACCAACUUCAACAUCCAGAUCAUCUCCGAUACGGUGUGUCCGUGGUGCUACGUCGGCUACCGCCGCCUCAGCCGGGCCAUUGCCCAGCACAAAACCUCCCACCCAAGCGACACCUUCACCCUCAGCUGGCACGCCUUCUACCUGCACCCGGAGGGGCCGGGCUACCCGGGCCUCGACAAGCGGGAGUCCUUCCGCAAGAAGUUCGGCCAGCAGCGGGCCAGUGCCAUCAUCGAGCGGCUGACCGCGGUCGGCAAGACCGAGGACAUCGACUUCAGUUUCGGCGGCCGCACCGGCAACACCCGCGACUCGCACCGCCUGCUGUGGUGGGCCGGCCAGAAGGAGAAGGCCGAAGCCAGCAGCAGUACCGCCACGGACAAGGGCUUGGUCGGCGGAUUGCAGACCCGCGUCGUCGAAAAGCUGUUCCGCGCCUAUUUUGAGGAUGAGAAGAACAUCACCGAUCCCGCCGUAUUGACCGAGGCCGCGGUCGGGGCGGGCUUGGACAAGACCGCCGUCGAGAAGUUCCUCGCCUCCGAGGACGGCGGCAAGGAGGUCGACGUCGAGGCCUAUGUUGCGCAGCGCCAGUUGGUCACCGGGGUCCCCUACUUCAUGAUCAAUGGCGAGUAUGCGGUGCCCGGGGCGGACGAGCCCGAGACUUUCCUGGAGGUCUUCGACAAGGUGAAGAGUGCUUGA